AUGACGGUCGUCAGAGAAUGGCCCAAGUCAGAACUGGCCGAGCACUGCGACGAUCUGUUGCUCCUACUCACUGGCGCCAUUCAAGAUCCUAAAGACUUUGUUCGCGCGGCGGCCCGCGAAGCGUUGUGCGCGUUUGCCGAGACAUGGAGCGAGGGCAUGGAACAACUCGCAGAGAUCCCGCCGCUGCCCCAACGACCAAUGAUCAUCGCAGAGCACGCGUCGGCUCAGCUCACGGCGGCGCUUCUGAAGAAACAAGUGUCAGCCACGUCUGUGGCCGACCUCACGAGCGCCUUCCGCUACGACGCCAGUUGCGUUCAGCGCCGACCCCCGCCGCGAGGGAAACGAGGCUACGUCUGCGGCGACUACAGUGGCUCCUGUUGUCCCCAUUGCAUUGGCAUCCAAGUGCAUUGGGCUAAUGCCUGGCUGCGUGCGUACCCAAGGCGGUCUUUGGCUGUUGUGAAGACGAUGCUCUGCUCGGUCUGUGGACUGAUGCAGUGGAUUUACACUUGGGCGACGUCGUACAACGUCGACACGCCAAGUCAAGGGGUGACAACCGCCUAG